AACCAACAUUCGUGUCGCAGCUGUCUCAGAUCUUGAAUCGUCAUUCGCACGUGGAUAUUUCUCCGUGACGGGUGUGUGCGCGCGCGCCCUUUAAAUAGUACGCCGCAUGUUAUCGCAACAAUAUUAAUAUAUAUUUUUUCUACUCACAAUAAAUUUAUCAAUUGAUUAUUACACUUAAUUAUUUUGUGAGAAAGUUUUUAAUUGUGUGCGAGUAAAUUACUUGUGAUUUACGGUGUUCUUGCGGUUAAUUAUUUUUUGUGCGGAUUUGUGUCCUUGGGAAUUUUUGUCUUAAUAAAAUAAUUUGCUAUAGAGUCUUUGCUCAGAUGGCAUCUGUGAUACUUUGAGCUCAAGUAGACUAGUCUUAGAAACAACGAUAAUAAUAUUAUUUAAAAAUAUUAGCAGAGGAAGAGAAUUAGGAAAUUGAAAAAUAUAAAAAUAAAAGCAAUUGCCCGUGAAAAUGUUGAUGCCAGGUGCAACAGGAUUGAGUGCGGUUGCCGCAGGAGCAACUGGUCAAGAUGAGCUGGUAACAAGUCUAGGUGCAUUGGCAGGCGUAACACCCCAGCAAAAAGACACGACCUGGACAAAAUUAUUCGUCGGCGGACUGCCGUACCACACUACCGACAAAAGUCUCAGAGAGCACUUCAAUGUGUACGGAGACAUUGAGGAAGCUGUUGUCAUCACGGACAGACAGACUGGCAAAAGUAGGGGCUAUGGAUUCGUGAUUAUGGGCGACAGACCAGCGGCCGAAAGAGCUUGCAAGGAUCCAAACCCUAUAAUUGAUGGCCGGAAAGCUAAUGUUAAUUUAGCAAUACUGGGAGCGAAACCACGUGGCAAUCUUCAAACCACAUUUCCUUUUGCUGCUGGCAUAAGAACUGGAUAUCCUACAGUACUGCCCAGUCAAUAUGGAGUACCACCAGGCUACAUGUACCAGUCGCCUUAUCUGACGGCAGCAACACCCGGAGGUCUUAUGCAAUUACCGACGACGCAAUUGAGCCACGCGGCAGCUGUUGCCGCGGCAUCACAAUUCUACGAGUACCAGAAUGCCGCGGCGGCUGCAGCCGCUGCCGCAGCGGCCGCUACCUAUCCCGGUACCUCGUCCUACAACUUCGCUGAGGCCGCUGCUUAUCCGUACACCAGUGCUGCCGCGGCCGCGAACGCAGCAGCCGCAAGCUACGUAACUCCUUAUACAUACGCGACAUUACCAGGUGCAGCGGCAUUACAAGGAGCAACAACGACGGGUGCUGCGUUCCCGGGAUUGCCUUAUCAGACGACGCCCCAAGAAGCACGACUCCAAUAGACAACACUAGACUACUCUACUACUACAACUACUUAUAAAAUAUAAAUCUGCGGCAUAAGCCUAACUUAAAAUAUUAUACAUUAAAUUACAUUAAACAUUUCUGACGAAAUAAUAACCGUCUAAGUAAAUCUAUUAUUAGAGUAUAAAGUAUAGAUGUUAUAGAGCAACGAUAUUUAAGUGAGAAAGCGAUAUUUAAGUUAAAUAACGCGAGUGAGAAAGAGCGCGAGUGUAUUUAAAAAUAUUUGUUUAAAAAAAAAAAUAUUUAUAAUUUUUUUUUCAUUACUUUAUUUAUUAUUUAUUCUGGUUUUGUUAUUAAUUUUGUUAAAAUCACUGUCACUGAACCUCUAUCUUCCUUAAUCUUCCCGGGAGCCAAAUACGGAACGAGCGGGAAAAUAUUUAAAAAAAUAAAAUGGCUCGUACGAAUAAAGUCAAUCUCCAAAGAGUCUAAUUACAACUAAUUUAACACAAAUAAUAACAAUGAUAAUUAAAUAUUUUGUUAUUGUAAUUUAAUUAUUAAUUAUUAAAGAAAAAAAAUGUCGGUGCGUUUGUCCAGAAUCACAAAUUUUUUAAAAAAUCUAACGAAUUUUUAAAUUGACGUACGUUAAUUAAUGUACAAUAAUUGUUUACUGUAAUUAAGUUAUUAGUUAAUUUAAUUAAUUAAGAUAUUAAUAUUCAUAACAAUAAUAAUAAUUUAAGAUGAAUUAAUAAGUAAUAAAUAUUAAAAUAAAAAUAAAUAUAAUUUAGUCAAUCUAUAGAUUGUAGAUAGUUCGAUAAUUAUAAUAAUUAUGAAAAAUUGUUAACCAGGAAGAGACAGUCAAAUUAUUAUUUCCUACUAACUUAAUUGUAAUUGUUAUUUCUAUUUUUUUUUUUAAGUAAUACUCAAAUGUGGCCUUAAUUAAAAAAUAAAUUAAAUAAGUGUCUUAUUGAGGCCUUAAUACAUUGAUAAAUUAAUAAAUAUCAACCAUCGCUCAAUAAAUAUACAAUCAUAUGUUAAAUAUAUUUAAAUAAAGUAAUAAUUAAAUAAAUGGUACAGUAGAGAAAAUAAAAUGAAAUAAUUUUUGGAAGCUAGUCAAUGGAGGUUUAAUGAUUGGUCUCAAGACCUGGUAAAUAAAAACACAAUUUUUAUUUAAAA